UAAUUUGCACGGAAACAGGAACUUGAAAUGGUGCGUCGCUCUCGAAGUUUAAACUCUAGGGAGUGACUGCGAAAGGAAUCAGCCUAACCGCAAGCAAAUCGGAUCAACGGAAGUCGGCUUUUAUUCUGGUAGGGUUACUGUAUCCUAACUUUACCGUUUUGUGCAGUGAACUUCGUUUUCUUCUACCUUGGAGGAAGUCAGACGACGUUAUCGUUUUAAAGGAAAACAGUCGACAGUAAAGAGCUACGUUGAAAAUGUCCAGUUGGUUCGACACGAAAUCGUUUGCCUCGCUCGCUAAAUCGGCGCUUUCACAAGCCCAAAAACAGAUCGACAAAGCUUUAGAGGCUGUUGCCGAUGAGGAGAGCGACUCUGAUGACUCUGAAGUAUCUGGAUUAGACCCUUUUGGAUCCGGCUGGGCUAUCCGCAAGCCAAAAAUGAAAAAAGAGGCUCAGAAAGGAAAUGCGACUGUGCUCAACUCGGUCAUGGCCAAAGCAGGCGAGGGACAUUUGAAACAAGGUGAUUCUUCAAGUGGACUUUUAACAGAAGACAAGGUAAACAACAGUGGCCUUAACAGUGACGAGAUCGUUGUUACGAAUCAAAUCAGACAGGAACCUAACAAACCUGUUGUUGAGGCAAAUCCCGUCACUUCCCAGAUAAAAGCAACCCCUGAUUCUGUUAUUGGUCCUGUAAUCGUCCAGGUGCGAUCACAGAAGGCGACGGACAAUACCGAUAGACUGAGCGAAUCUUCGGCGCUUUUGGGAGAAACAUCAUCUAAGGGCGAAGAUUGUCAAACAGGAGAAGAAGAUGCCUCUCCUACCGCUAUCGCAGCUUCAGCUACUAUGGGUACAAGUAGCGAGUCAGUAGAAACGACUGUCCAACAAGGCUCGGAUCUUGACUUCAGCAUGCUUGAAGAGGCCAAAGAUGAAACAUUCGUCGGCGUUGUUGCUCCAACGAGUCCGAAGUCAGCAUCGCCAGUGUGCCCUUCCGAUUCUUCAGGUGGAUCCGGGGGAAAUUCGGGUGACGGGGAGACCGCCGCAUCUUCGGACAUAGAAAUUAUCUCCGCAAUCAAUUCGACGCCAAGUGAAGCAUUGCAUCAUGAUCAGAGCGCACUGUGGGAUGAUGCACUAACAGAUGCCCUUCGAGAGCUGUCAGGCGAAAUAGGGGUCGGGGCCGCUGCAAAUGCAACUGCUGCAUUGGAGACGCUAUUGCACGCACGGGAGCAAAAGGUGAUGGCUCUAUCUGGUGAUAAUGCUCGCUUAACAGAGGACAACGAAAAACUACGUGAGCGUGUGGCCCAACUAGAAGCUCGCAAUCUUGAGGCUUGUCGUAAUUCAUCCGAACAAGUACAGCAAUUAUUGGCCGAGGGCGACAAAUUAGCCCGUGAGGUUCUUGAAAAGGCCAAUUCACUCAAGAGAUUAAGAGCAAAGGAAAGGGAACAAGACGAGUUGGUAAGGAAACACACGAAAAACAUUGACGAACUUAACGUCCAGUUGGAGCGUUUACGUCGAUCACUGUCUCAAAAGGAUGUCCAAGAGAAACUACACAUCGAACAAAUUCGGGAACUUAAGGCAGCCAAAAUUACUGCGGCAGAUCUGAAGAUGCAAUUGGACGUGGCGAAAUCAAGAUGUCGAGAGCUGGAAGAGCGAAAUGCUAAAGUCCUCAUGGAGUCUAAAGUGAUGACAGCAUCUGUGGAGAUGUCUGCACAGGAUCAGUUGCGUUCAGGUAUGGCGGAAUUGAAGGCUCGCCACAGUGAAGAAAUAGACAGUUUACGACAGAAAGUUGCCCAGCUCGAACUACAGUUAAAGAAAGCCGAAGUAACGAUAAGUCAAAAUGAGCAGCACGGUCGUGGACUAAGACAAGAAGUUCUCGCUCUACAAGAGAGAAACCAGGAACUAACGGAGAGUUUGGCUCUUGCAACUGCUCCAUAUGUACGAGAGCUAGACAAAAUGAAAACUGUGUGCGAUAACGAAAGGAAAAGCUUUGAAAAUGAAAUCGUCAACCUGCAGCGAGUCGUUGAAACUCUGCGACAAAAAACAUCGGACCUCGAGGACAGACUUAAAGUAAUGACCAAAGAUAAACAGGUAGCAGAAUUUGAAUGUCACGUGUUGUCUGAGCGUAUGGCUGAGCUGGAGAAGAAUCUUCAGGAAGCUAAGGGUGCCCAGUUAUCUGUCAAAACUGUGGACACUGCUACACUGGAAUACAUUGAGGUGCUUAAAGGCCAACUGGUGGAACGUGAAGAUGCGAUCACGAAAAUGAAUCAGUCCAUUGAGUUGCUGAGAUCAAGAGAAACAUCAUUACAGCAAAAGAUCCUCACAUUGGAGCGAAGUGUUGAAUUUGAGCGACAAAAAAGCCGUUUAGAAGGACAUGAACCACGGCCUGUCUCACCGACUGCAUCAAAUAGGUCAUCAUUGGCGUCGUCUGUUGAAUUUGAGAAAAAUGACAAUUAUGCCACGUUUACUGCCAAUUUGAACUCCCCAAGUGUAAUUGACAACAUGUCUUCCCAGCUUAAACUUAAAGACGGACAGAUGCAGCAACUCCGUGUAGAGGUUAACCAGUUAAAACGGUCACGAGAUACCCUCUCCAAUCAAAUGACCGAAAUGACUAUGGAGCUGGAGAAGUACAAACAAGCCGAGGUUGAGUUGGCCGACCUACCCGAGAAGUACGAGGCGCUACUGCAGAUGUACGGCGAACUAGUUGAAAAGAAUGACGAACUUCGACUGGAUCUCGAAGAGGCAAGGACCGCUUAUCGAGCCCAACUACAGGAACUAACAGCGCGCCUUAAACGAAAUAAUGUAUAGCCGCGUUUCCUCUGUUUGGAUGACGCACAAAAAUAUCAGUAAAAGUUAAUCCGUUGUUCUGAAAUAGCUAUCUAGUUGUGUCUGUUCCUCCAGACCCUGAAACUACCGAAAAUUGACCAUCGCUAACGCGAAUUUGCCUAAUCGUGUGAAUAUUUUAAUUCAGUCUAUUGAUACAUUAAUUUAUCGCGGUUGCAACGUAGGGAGUCAGUACCUACUUGUCAUUUUACUAAAAUUGAUUUUGUUCAAGUUGACUGCGCGUAUCUGAAACUUGUAAUUCUAUCGCUGCAAUCAGGAUAUCGUUCUGCAAUGAACUAGCAUGUGAAGCAAAAUUAUAAAGCAGGAUUUUGCGCUAGGCCUCGUGAAAGAUGGCGUGUACAACAGCGGACACGAAAAUGCGGUACAUUAGAAGUAUGAAAACUCAGGCAUCAGCCUCAUGGGACGUAAAUAACUCACCUUCUUUUUCUCGCACACAACCCAGUUCGAACUGAAAUAAUGAGUUGUAAGACCUGUUUUAUCAAGUACAAAUAUGACUUUAAUUCUUCCUGCACUAGUUAUUUUAUCGAUGAUUCGGGUUCACUGUCAUUGAAAGUCACAUUGUAAAUGUGAAAAUUAUAAUGUUUUCAACUUCUAUAUCAAGGCGUACUCAAAGAUAUUAUUCUUGACAUCGAUCUGUUUGAGGUCGUAGUCAAUUUCUGAGAAAUUAAGUCAAUCAAUUUCGGUUUAAAGGUAUUAAUAUGUUCGUUUCAGUUGUUAUCGUCAAUUAAGUCAAUCAAUUUCGGUUUAAAGGUAUUAAUAUGUUGGUUUCAGUUGUUAUCGUCAAUUACUUAUCUUAAUAAUAUUUUUCGGAUAUUUCUGUGAAAGUUUGAUUUCUGUGAAUGUUUGAUUGUAUGAUAGCCUGUACAUACCUAGAGUGAAUGGAUCUAAUAUAAAUAUAAUAGGUGUAGCGCGCAACGACGUUUUAUUGUGAAUAAAUUAUGUUCUUACUCUGAACGAGAA